AUGCCGAGCAUCUCGUCCAUCAAGUCGAUCAGGACAUUGGAUGAGAACCGAACCUUGACCAGCGUCAUCGAAUCCCUCGUCACCCAGGAGGAGAGCGAUGGCAUUGAAGGUGGUGCCAAGUGGCGCCAGAUGGGGCGACAGGUCCUGCUUGAAGACGCGUUAAGCCCCAUGCAACUCGCGAUGGAGCUCUCCUCGUCCUUGACGGAUCUAUCUGCCGUAUCAUCGCCAGACUCAUUCAGAACAGCCUUCCAAUCACCGGCCGCUGCCUCUGAAAAUACGACUCCCACAGGCCCUGCAUCCCCCAAACGCAUGUCCGCGCCCGCGAGCCUGCUCCCCCGCGAGCUGAAAGAGCAUUGCCAGAUCUACCUGGAAGAGCAUCUCUACAAUGGUGCACUUGGCUUAUACAACAGCCUUCUCACCGCCGGUUACUCACGCAAGGCCAGCGCCAGCCAGAAGCCCGUCCCUGUCCCGCCGUUAACCCACCUCGCUCUCCUCAACACUCUGACCAUCCACCCGAGCCAUACGACCCGAGCACCCGGCACCGAUCGUCUCGAGGUCUGCUCGCAGACGCUGGACUACCUGCGCAACCUGCUUGCCAUCGUUGGGCCCAUUAACGCCGGCUUCAGGAACGCAUUCCAGUUCCACGGGGUCCAGUACGGCCGUAGGAACCGAUACCACGACGAGGAGGACGAGGACCUCGACGGGGAUCAGAUCGGCAAUAACAAAUUGGCCAACGAGGACAGCAUAUGGCAGCGUGCGCAGGACUUCUGGGCCGUUCUUGGAUGGGCGUUCAACUGUAGCAGGCUUCACCCCCACCGGUGGCGGUUCUGGAAGACAUGGCUGCAGUUCAUGAUGGACGUUCUCGAGACCGACAUCUACGAGCGGAAGCGCAUAGACGAGGAAUCGCUGGCCUCGUCUCAGCAACCACAGAACUGGACAAACAUGCGAGAGUCAAUUCUCGUCAUGUACAUCAAGCAAAAGACUGACUCCGGGAGGGGUGCUCUGAGGAUGAUCCUCCAAGCCGUCUUCGCCGACGGCUGCAGCUCAUCCACGGCCAAGUUCCCCGAGGUGUUCAACAAGGAGACCAAGGGGCUACCAAGCGAGGACAAGAAACGCAAGCGCAUGACUACGCUCGACAUCGAGAAUGACCAGUUUGGCGACUACUUCAACGAAGAGCUGACGGACUCUGAACCCUCAGAGGCGGGCACGCCGGGAACGCCUCGAAUAGCACACACACCAGCCAGGAAGCCUGGAGAUGUUGUCGCCACCGCAUUGGCAGAUUCAAUUCCUCUUCGGCUACGACUGAUGGAGCUCCUGUCCGAGGUUGCCUACAACAUGCCAGAGGAGUUUAUGGAUCAUAAUGAAUACACGCUGGACUUGUGUAGAUUACUCAAGCAGCAACCCUUGUCGUUCUUUCACCAAUUUGUCACCGACAUGGGGUCGUACAUACAGCGAUACGGUGCUGCCUUCAAGAUCGACUUCCUGGCCGUCCAGCUGGACCAGCUGCUGCCCUCCGGAUAUGAGGACCCUAAGAAAGUCACCAUAGGGGAGGACGGCGGCAUUAUAAUCAACGCAGACGUUCUCAAGUUGUGCUACCUGGGUCACCAUGCUAAUACCAUCGACCCGGAGGACAACGCCAGGGUGGCGCUGAUUCUUGAGAGCCUGCUUCACAUGCUGCCGGUGGAGGAGAUCCGUGAAGCCAGGGAUGAGCUCCGAAAGGCCGCGGCCAAGGGAAUCGAGGCGCGGAAGGCCAAGGCCAAGGGUACGAACCGGAGGAGCGCGAUGACUCCGAGUCGUCGGGGUCGAGGCAAAAAGGGUCCUAGUCAGCGGGAUCUGUACGCCAAGGAGAUGAUGGAUCUCGCAGUAUCCGGCCUCCCGACCUCGGGUAAGACAACUCGCGCAAAACAGCUGCAAGCCCACCUGGCCGCCCGCAUCGUCGCCGCCGCCGACGGCACCUCUGGCGGCAAACAACCACCAUACCGACUCCACUACAUCUCCGACUCGACCCUCUCGAUAUCGCGCGAUGUAUACGACCUCGACCCGGCCAAGGUGCGCGCGCACACCCGCUCCGCCAACGCCUCGGAAAAGGAUGCUAGGGCGGUCGUCUACGGCGCCGUGAAGCGUGUGCUGUCGGACCGGGACAUUGUCAUCUUGGACGGUAUGAACUACAUCAAGGGGUGGCGGUACCAGUUGCACUGUGAGGCCAAAGCCGUGAGGACGCCGAGUGUCGUGCUGCAGAUUGGGUGUGGGAUCGAGAGGGCUAGGGGAGUCAACGAGGAGAGGUUGAGGAGGCGGGGGUCGGCCGCAGCGACGACGACGAUAGAGGAGGGAGACGGAGCAAAGCAGCCCUCGGAGGACCAAAAGCACACCUCAGAGGACGCGGAGCAGGAGCAAGAUCACAACGAGGAAGAACAGCCCUACGACACGGACAACUGGGAAAACCUCGUCUUCCGCUACGAGGAGCCGAACCCGAUGACACGCUGGGACAGCCCGCUCUUCACCCUCAUCUGGGACGACGAUGCCGCGCAGACGGCAAAGGUGUGCGACGACAUCUGGGACGCUGUCGCGGGGACGGGCCGCAAGGUCAUCAAGCCCAAUCAGGCGACGGUUCAGCGCAGCCGCGAUACCAGUGGGGACUACCUAUAUGUGCUGGAUCGUGAGACGCAGGACGUCGUCAAGCGGAUCCUGGAAGCGCAGGCGGAAGGCGGAGAGGAGGGCGGUGAGGUCAAGGUUUCGCGUGGUGAUGAUCAAGUAGCGACAGCAGGAGGAGGGGGGCAGAAGAAGGAGCUCGUCGUGCAACUUCCCGGUCGCAAGGUCGGGCUGCCGCAGCUGCAGAGGCUUAGGAGGGCGUUUGUGGGGUUGAACCGCGGAGGUAUCGGGCUGGAGGGCGUGGGGAACUUUAGUGCGGAAAGGAUGAGGGAGAGCUUUGUUGGGUAUCUGAAUGAUACGUUUGAGCAGGAGGGUUGA